ACGACAUUCAGAGAAUCAUCAACCUUGGAGCCCGAAAUGUCAAUAGAGGCUAAGACAGAGUACACCGUUGGCGAUGCUGAAGCAGACCAAGGGGUCGGUCAAAGCAACCAUGUUAAACCUAAAUUCGGGAAGUUGUCUAUGCUGUCUCUUAGUGUCUCUCUGAUGGCCACUUGGGAGGCGCUAUGCAGCACAAUGGUAUCCGGUCUGGUCAGUGGAGGGCCCCCUGCCCUAAUAUAUGGCUUUAUAAUUGCAUUCGUCGGGUCCCUAGCUACUGCAGCGUCUCUUGCGGAACUGGUAUCUAUGUUCCCAACUGCAGGAGGCCAGUACCACUUCAUCAGCAAGCUGGCACCGCUGCACAUGAGGAAAGGCCUCAGCUGGCUUGUUGGGUGGAUUAGCACUUUUGGAUGGAUAGCUAUUGCAGCAAGUGCACCCUUCUCAUCCGGCACCCUGAUCCAGGGCUUGCUAGUCUUGAAUUACGAGGAUUAUGUGUUCCAUAGGUGGCACGGCACAAUGAUAUACUGGGCGAUAUUGGUAAUUUCUGCAAUUGCUAACAUUCAAGGAAGUCGUCUGCUUCCCUUAUUUGAGUAUCUCACUCUGGGGUUCCAUGUGGUGGCAUUCAUUAUUGUUCUGGUUGUGAUAUGUGUGGUAUCACCCACAAAACAUGCACCCGAGUUUGUAUUCGUCGAUGUUAUUAAUAAUUCCGGCUGGGGAAGUACUGGUAUUGCUUGGUGUGUCGGUAUGCUGUCUAGCUGUUAUAUCCUUGUCGGAUACGAUGGAGCCAUUCACCUAUGUGAAGAGAUGACAAAGCCCCGGACAGAUAUACCCAAGGUGAUGAUUAGCACUAUACUAAUCAACGGUACGAUGGGUUUUGGGUUUCUGGUUGCCAUUCUCUUCUGUAUGGGGGAUCUCAAUUCCGCCCUUCAGACGACAACCGGUUAUCCCAUAAUUCAGAUAUUCUAUAAUAUUACUGGAAAUGUUCACUCUGCAACUGCAUUGUCCAGCACUAUAGUCAUAAUGGCCGGGAUAUCGUCAAUCCCCCUAUUGACCUCAACCAGCCGCAUGAUUUGGGUUCUUGCAAGAGACAAAGCAUUCCCUGCCUCCAGUUUGUUAUCAAAAACGAACGAGAGACGACAAGUUCCCGCCAAUGCCGUUGUACUUACGUCUGUACUUUUAGGGCUAUUGGGCCUUAUCAAUAUCGGUUCCACCUCGGCCUUCAAUGCCAUAAUAUCAUUGACAGUGUUCGGGCUUGAGAUAUCAUAUCUCAUACCAAUAUGUUUCCUGCUCUAUCAGCGAGUGAUAUCUCCUCAAAGUCUCACUCCUGGUCCAUGGUCAAUGGGAGGCUAUGGGAUAUGGAUCAAUGCUCUGUCAAUUUGCUUUCUGGUAUUUACCUGCGUAUUUUUACUGUUCCCGUCGUAUCAGCCUGUCACUGCGGCAAACAUGAACUAUGCAUCUUUGGUUUUUGGCGCUGUCUGCAUUUGCAGUGGUGCAUAUUGGCUAUUCAAAGGUCGCAAGGUGUACGAAGGCCCUAUCUUCUCGGAGUUGGUAGAUUGA